AUGAAGGCAUACUGGUAUGAUAACCAACCGGGCGACCAGCGCGAGCCCCACGACUCCGGCCGUCCCGUCACCGAGUCCUACCUCGAGUCUAUCGGCGUCUUCUACCGCUAUUGCCCAACCAUCGACCUCGUCGACACCCUGGCCGCUGAACGUGGCUACAAGAACCGCGACGAAGUCUGCGUCUCGCCGCAGACCAUGGGCGACAUCUAUGAGGAGAAGGUGAAGUCGUUCUUUAGUGAGCAUCUGCAUGAGGACGAGGAGAUUCGGUACAUUCGCGAUGGGGAGGGGUACUUUGAUGUGCGUGGGCAGGAGGAUGAGUGGGUGCGUAUUCGAUUGAGUAAGGAUGAUUUGAUUAUUCUUCCGGCUGGGAUUUAUCAUCGGUUUACCACGGAUGAUAAAAAUUACGUCAAAGCUAUGCGUCUCUUCCAAGCGGAGCCAAAGUGGACGCCGUUGAACCGUGGCCCUGAGGUUGAUGUCAAUCCGCAUCGGAAGACAUACCUGGACACCGUCCCUAGCCCUUCUGUGACCGCAAACUAA